UUUUACAUCGUCUUUUCCGCUUGAUUUCCGCUCGCUCUCAUCAUCUUUAUAUGACGAAUACUCCUCUUUCUCGUCUCUCCCUCUAGAAAGCUCAGAGCAAAUAUCCAGGGCCUCGUUCCUCUUCAAAGUUCAAACCAUCGAGAAUCCAGAAUUUUGAGGUGAUAGAUAAUUUAUAAAGAGAUUUAAGAAAGACAUGGGAUGGAGAUUCAUGGGUGGUUCUCAUACUUCUUUCAAGCAACUUGCAAAGGAUGCAUGGCACUAUAUUGUCGCUGUUCCUACAUUUAUCUCCCUCAUGCAUGUCACAGAAACUUAUGCCUUUUCAACAGAACUGACCUCAGGACCCAGCAUGGCGCCUACCUUAAACAAUGAUGGUGAUGUCCUUAUAGUGGAACGCUUGUCUUCAAGGCAUGGAAGAAUCUAUCCUGGUGAUAUUGUUAUUGCCUGUUCGCCACAAAAUCCGAACAUCAAGAUAUGUAAACGUGUCAUUGGCUUGGAAGGUGACCACAUCAGUUUUCACCCAAAUGUGGGCAGCAGAAAAGUUAUCACUGUCACUGUACCUAAAGGUCAUGUUUGGCUUCAAGGUGACAAUAUUAUGCACUCCCAGGAUUCUAGGCAUUAUGGUCCUGUUCCUUUUGCACUCCUGAAAGGGAAAGUUUGGAUGAGGAUUUGGCCAAUUGAUGGUUUGGGGCGUUUGGACUGAUUUUGAUUAUUGUAAGUUUUUCUGCCUUUACAUUUUUUGUCCCAAUUGAUUGAUUAGGUACAAAUAUAUCUCAAUAAAGAGAUAUGGCUAUUAUUAGCAUUGGACAAAACCAUUAUGUGCAUUACAAAACACAAAUGCAGAACUAGGUCAUUGUCUAGUUGUCUACGUCUUCAAGACAGUCAAUUGGUUACAUGUUUCAUGUUUAUGUAAAGUUCCUACUUUAUUGGUCAUUUUACGAAGCACACAGGGACCAUUGAAUCGAUGCUGGUGAUUUCCUUCCUCUUUUAACCACUCAAUGAUUGUAAAUAGCUAAAUGAAGUGGUCUGACAUAGGUCCAUUGUCUGACAUCCUAGAAUGCCACAUCUCAGAUGGUUCUCGUAUUAAUCUCUAACUUUUCAGUUCUCCUAAUAAUCAUUUUAUUCGAUCUGUUUUAACAUCUUCACUUGGCUAAAUUUUGCACAGAAAUAAUAAAAAGUCUUUUGAAGGAUGUGUGUAACUUUUACAUGGUAUCACUCUAGUUUUCUGGAGACCUGUUGAGCCUUGGAUGAUGGAUCCAUGAAAAAGAGAACUUUUCUACUAGGUCCACCAGACCUACAAAAGUCUAAAAUUGAUCAUACACUUGAUCCCCUCUAGAGAAGAGUAAUAAAGCCCCAAAUUCAAACCUUGGAUCUCUUGUAGUUAAGUGUCUUUGCAAGAGAUUGAAGGGAAAUAGACCUGCAAGUCAAUCUCCAUUCUUUAGGUUGGUGUUAAUUGUUGAAGCAGGACAAUGUCCAUAUAACAUUUGCUUGUUGAAACCCUUUCCCACCGUUAUGAACUAAAAAAUAAGUGAGAAUUUUCGACCGUUACGAGUUGGUAUCAAGAAGUAUGAUGAUCGCCAAAAAAUAGAAAAUCUCUCAAAUGCCCUCCUCAGAACUAGCAAUGAUGGUUUCCUUGUAUUAUCAUGUUUCCUUCUAGAAUAUCAUCCUUAAUGUGUCCCUUGCACAUUGCUGGGACAUCUUUAACAACAUCUAGUAAUACCAGAUGUAUGGUCUCAGUUAUGCUUGUUUCCGUAUCUUCAAUUGUUCCAAUUUGAGCUAUUGGUAGUAACUUUCUUCUCUUGCAUGGAAAUAUGGGAGGUGUAUUGAAUGAUAUAUAUCACAUGGGAUAGCAUAAUUCAAUAUAUAUCACAUGGGAUAGCAUAAAUAAAGUACAGGACAUACUUGGAGUGAACUAUAUGAGUGAAUCAUCUAUCAAACUCAAUUGGCGAUAAUUUAUAUAGAAUAUAUUUUCCUUUCAGGUUGUGGUUUACAUAAGGUUGCAACCUUUUAGAAAUAAGGUUGCGAUGUUCUACACCGUCCAUCUUAAUUGGAUAGUGUAAAUUUGACACGACUUUUAAGAUAAUAUCAAAAACUAGCAUGUCUCUUGAGAUCGUGCCAAAUCUACACCAUCCAAAUAAAAUGAAUGGUGUAGAUUACUGCAACCUUCUACACGUAAGGUCACAACCUUAUAUGAACUUUUUCCUCUCAUAAUUUGCAAAAACUUCCUUCAUAUAUUUGUAUUUAAUAAGAAAUUCUUACUUCAGAAAAUUUCUCACUAAGAUUCCUAUUAAUUUAUUCUUCAAGCGUUACUCUUUUGGUUCCAUUUGCUUUAGCAAAUCACUGCUACAUUCCACUUCUAAUGAAUGAGGUAUGAAGUCUGGAGUUUGGAUAGUCAGUGAAGAGAAUUUGAAGAAGAUCCUGUAUCAUGUGGCUGUUGCCCAGCUCAAUGCUGUGGGCGGUUGGCUGGUCAGAUCAUUAACAUAGCAGGAUUUGAUUUGUUCCUUACUCAUCUGAGGCUAUCCCUCCUUGAUUUCUCAUUUCUUUUAGAUGAUUGAGUGUUAACUCUAGAUUAUGUGUGUCUGGGUCUGGGUCCAUGAGAUACCAGCUAUCCUGGAGAAGAUGAAAAUGAUGAACAAUGGCAGGUACUUCUGACAGGUUGUCUUGACCAGAUGUUUCUCCUGGUGCAGCGCUAAUGUAGUUGUGCCGAGCAUCUUGGUUGGUUCUGAAUGACUAAUGCAACCAACUGCUAUCUGAUUUUUUCUUCUUAUAGAAAUAUCUUUUUUCAGGUUGAAAGCUCUGUUUCCUUGUAGUUACUCUUCUUUCCGAACAAACUCCUCAAUUGAGAUUCGGAGGUUAUAUCUGCGUAUCUCAAUUAUUAUUGUUAGUAUCAGAUGGUCAAUAAUUGGUAUUAAAGGGACUUGGGAAAUCCGUAAUUUGACUUGUAAUUCAUUUUGAGUGAAAAAAGACUCAAUUUUAUAAUCCAAUUUUAGUUGAUUCUAAAGGGUUCUUUUGGUCCUUGUUUGGUAGUUUGUUAAGUUCUUGGAAGAAGGAAUAUGUGCAAAGAGUUCAGGUGGGUGCUGCCUUGCUGUUGUCAUUGCAGCUGGGGUGUGUUCAUCGAGGACACAUCAGGAUGCUAAUCAGAUCUGCACAUUUCUGUAUUUUGGGAUUAGCAUUUUCUAAACAAGAACAGGUUUGACAAUUUAUUUCAUUUAGGUUCAUACACAUCAAUUCAUAUGUAUUCUAUUAAAUUUAGGUACUCGUAUGGGUACCAUACAAUUUUGACUACAUUGAGAGUACAUUCAUUUACAUGUCAACAAGCUUUACUAAAUGCGUUAGGGUCAGUG